GCGGCGAGCAGCCGGCCUUGGCGCGCUCGCACACGGAGCGGCACGGUGGUAGCGGCUUGUGGUAGUCAGGCAAACAGAUGGGCGUGUACAUGGAGCACAGGAAGAAGCGCAGGUCCGGGGAGCAGUGGAUCUCCACCAGCGGCCAGAAUUGGUGCACCUCCAGGCCCGCUUCGUCCUGCGUGUCAUGGUUGAACUGGUUGGGCAUGUGCGUCAGGUUGUAGCCGAUGCCGCGGCACAUGGGCACCGUGAUUUCCUGGCACACCGGGGCCUUGGAGGCGGCCGCUGCCCGGCCCACCAGCUGAGCCAGCAACAGCAGCAGAAGAGAGGGAGGCGCAGACGGGUCGGGUCGAGCCAUCGUCUCCUUCUUCCCUUUGCCUCCCGCUGCCCGAGAGGGUCUGCGUUGGCCGACGAAUCUGCGGCCGGGGCUUCCCUCUCCGGAGUCUUGAGUGUGACGCCCGGGCUGGCAACCUGUUGGUUUCUUUUUCUCUUAAAGAAAUCCGUCCAAAGAUAAACUGUUUCGGGAAGGCGCUGCCUCCGCCGGCAGCACUCAGUUCCACACCAGAUAGGGCUGGAGGGAUGAUUAGGGCUCCGACUCCAAGGACAGAACUCUUAAAAGAGAAGGUAGGGGAAAAGAAAAAUCGCAACCACUCCUCUUAGAGGAGCGCCAACCACUUGGUCUCCGUAAACCGGCUCCAAUAUCAAGAUUAACUCCUUUCCUCCCCUCCUCCUAGAACCAAACUUCAGACGCCCCCACCCCCUCCACCCCACUGCCGGCGCCCGCCUCUCUUUUCUGGCCCGGCCCUGCAGGCUGUGCCUGGGGCCAGAGAGCUCAGUCCCCUAGAUGGGGGCAGAGGAACCGGGUGAACUGGGAAGACGCGGGCUCUCACCUCGGAGGAUCCUACUGGGCGGCAGAUGUCUGCGACCAGUCGGGCUCCUCAGUCGCGCGACUCCGAAUCGGGCCAGAGCUGGGAAAGUUUAACGACAAGCUAGGUACCUGUGGCGGCGACACAUGGCAGCAGGUGGAGGGCGUUUCAGAGAGCAGGGCGCCCCUCGACCACGGGCGGCGCGGGCCGGUCAGUCGCCUUCUCUUCCUUCGGGGCCCCCUGCAUGAUUCGGGCAGAGCAAGGCAGGGGCAGGCCGUGCCUUCCACCGGCGUCCCGGGGCCGGGACGAAGGGCAAGGGCGCCGGGCAGCACUUGAACUGCGCGGAGAGGGGUGCGGCAGCCGGAGGGGACCCCGCCACCUCACAGCACAGCGAGCAGCCAGCGCUGGCCGGGCGGGGACUGCAUGGUCCGCGCCCGCCGCCGCGUCCCGCCAGCCGCUCGCCGCGUCCCCUGCAGGGGGCUCCGCGCUCCAGCAGACUCCGGGGGGCGGUGGCGGCGCUCUCGGGACGCGCCCCGCUCGGCUCCUCCCCCGCGCUCUCGCACACUUUCGCCCACCUCCAGGGAGCUCCGAGCAGUGCGCGACGGCAGCGGACAAGUCUCGGCCGCAGGCUGACUGCCCUCUCCCGCCCCGCCCGGGUCACCUGCCUCUAAUGCCCGCCGGGAGGCCCCGCCCCGGGACCGCCCCCUCCCGCCCUGCCCCGAGCUGGGCCGUCCCACGAAGCGCUCUCCGGGUCCCCGCCCACCGCCCUGCUGUCCUGGCCUCUCCGCGAGCGCCCCGCGGCCCCGCCCGGAGCGGGCAGCGGAAGAGCGUCGGCCAAUAGUGGAUCGGGAAGUUACGAGGGCGGGGUCAAUGCUAAUCAGCCCUCCCAGAGAACCCGGGCGGGAAACCCGGCCCCAAGUCCUUCUGGAGUUCUCUGCGGUGGUUCACCAGGAUGGUACUCACUUUCCUGAGGGUUCUGCUCUCUGAACGCCGGCUUCCAGGGCCUCCACCAGGCCACCUCUCUUCAGCUAAGUGUCCUUAUCGAGGUCUGGCGCUUGUUUAAAGGGAUGAGAGGUCAAUUCGGCUGUGCCACCUGUCCUCUUUCUAAGCUGCCUUGUGCUAGGUGACAGACGUGCUAGUACUUAAUGAGCAACCUCGUGUUAGUUAAUCGUUUACACCUUGAUACGCGAUCUGGAUACCGUAGGAUUCUGAGGCCAGAACGCCUCAGAACUUGACCUACACAGCUGAGCUAACAAGACAGCAGAGACGUUGACAAACUUGUGCCCCUCCCUGUGCGAGCUCCUGGCACACAGUAGGCGCUCUGAUGGCAAACCUGGAAUCCGAAACCAGAAGUUGGACAGCAGAGUUCACAAUCUUUACCACUCACCCCUCCCUUGGAAAUAUCGAUAUUUCCCAGGCUUUGCCCUUUUAUAUACAACAAAAUCUUGUCGUUGUGACAAAAGAAUGAAUUUCUUUCCAGUUUUGGAAGUCUCUAGAGACGUUAGUCCUUAGCAGUUGCGGUUUAUAAUCCCUGGCAGAUCCGAAUUUGCCCACAGAGAAAGACUCUUGAACUAGAACAGUGUACAGCUCAGGGUGCUUGGUCCCCCAGGGUUGGCUGCUGUGCACUCUGGCGAGGUUGAGACCCGAUAAGAGGGGCGCACUGGGGCAGUAGGAACCGUGAAAAGACCUGCUGCGCACAAUCAACGCAGGGACACACAGUGGCGCUCUCCUGAUGGGUUAGUAUACUCCAAGUUUUAAAUGUCCCACAAACGCCUCUCUUCUUCGAGUUCUAAUUAGGUUGGGAGACCGAGGUGUUUAGCAUGCUUGAAAUUCGUUCACACGCUUAUGAAGAGGCUUUAAAUUGUAUACUGCUCCUUCACUCCUCCUUCCGCUGGGGGAGGGGAGUGGGAGGGAUUUGAAGUAGGGGAGGGCAUAGGGGUACUUGAAGGACUCUGAACUGGUCUCACUGGCUGAGAGCUGUUGGGUGCUAUUGUAUUCUGUGCGGUCUGUACAGGCUGAAAAGCCAUCUUCAGUUUAUCAGCAAGGCGUGGUGGAGGCUAAUGAAAGUCCGUGUUUAAUCUCAGACAUCACAGCUAAAUGUUUAUAAUGUACAUUGCUUCAUUCCCUAGAAUUCUACAAGGUGUCCAUAUUUAAUCUCUUUUGUUCUUAGUAACCGCUUGGCCCUUGGGGUCUAGAAACAUCCCGGGCUAAGAAUUAUUGGAGGGGUGGAAAACUAUCGCACCCCAGUCAGAUAAGGAAGGACCCGCAGUGGAAAGUCUGUCCAGCUUGCCAACAUGCCAAGGGAGGCUGUUACCCUUUAUGUGCUGUGUAUGUUGCUGCGAUGGACAAGUGUUGGCUAAUAAUAAAAAUUAUUUGGA